AUGCAACACCACCAUGCAGCGCCACCACGCAACGCCACCAUGCAGCACCAACAUGCAACACCACCAUGCAGCACCACCAUGCAACACCACCAUACAGCACCAACAUGCAGCACCACCAUACAGCACCACCAUGCAACACCACCAUGCAGCACCAACAUGCAGCACCACCACGCAGCGCCACCACGCAGCGCCACCACGCAGCGCCACCACGCAACGCCACCACGCAACGCCACCACGCAGCGCCACCACGCAACGCCACCACGCAGCGCCACCACGCAGCGCCACCAUACAGCACCACCAUGCAACACCACCAUGCAGCACCACCAUGCAACACCACCAUGCAGCACCAACAUGCAGCGCCACCACGCAACGCCACCAUGCAGCACCACCAUACAGCACCACCAUGCAACACCACCAUGCAGCACCACCAUGCAGCACCACCAUGCAGCACCACCAUGCAACACCACCAUGCAGCACCAACAUGCAGCACCACCAUGCAGCACCAACAUGCAGCACCACCACACAGCACCACCACGCAGCGCCACCACGCAGCGCCACCACGCAGCGCCACCACGCAGCGCCACCACGCAGCGCCACCACGCAGCGCCACCACGCAGCGCCACCACGCAGCGCCACCACGCAACGCCACCACGCAGCGCCACCACGCAGCGCCACCACGCAGCGCCACCACGCAACGCCACCACGCAGCGCCACCACGCAGCGCCACCACGCAGCGCCACCACGCAGCGCCACCACGCAGCGCACCACGCAGCGCCACCACGCAGCGCCACCACGCAGCGCCACCACGCAACGCCACCACGCAGCGCCACCAUGCAGCGCCACCAUGCAGCACCACAUUAA